UGCUGUGCUCCCUAGAGCUCUGCGUACCCUGGGGAACGCGCACCCUGGUUGAGAACCACGUCUUUAAACAAGGCUGUUGAAAUAAAACUAAUGCUGAAAAUGAGGAGAGGGCUCAGAAAAGUGCUACAAGGAUGAUUUGUGGUCUGGAAACCACACCUUACAGUGAGAAAAAGGGCUCAGUCUAUUCAGCUCAUUGAAUGCGAGGUUGAGAGGUGAUCUGAUCGUGGUAUAUAAAUACCUCCACAAGAAAAUCAUACAUGAUACUUCAGGGCUUGUUCCUGUAGCAGGGAGAGGCAUAACAAAAUCCAGUGGCUUGGAGUUCGGUUAGCUACAUUCAGAUUUAAGGGGCAAAAUGUUGGCCAGUGAAGGUAGUCAGUCACUGGAGCAGCUUGCCAACGGGUGUGGGAAAUAUUCCCUCAUGGGGGAGUUUGAACCCAGGACUGGAUGUGCUGACAUUCCACAGGAAGUUUCUGGGCUCAAUGCAGGAACUGUCCCUGGAUUUUAGCAGCAUCCGGAAUGCUAGCCCACCCAGGACUGUGCCCUAGGGUGUGACAGGGCACACUAAAAAUCAUGCUGAAAAGCUAAUGAGUGUGGGGCAGGAGAUGCCAAGGCCUGAGGAACAAUAGGGGGCAGAGAGAUAAGGCCAGCUGGAAACACUGCCAUGGAGAUGAGGGACAGCAGGAAAGGGGAGAGGGCGUCUGGCUGACACUGUAGCUGGGCCUGUCUAGUUGAGUGGCUGGCCUGAGCACAAGGCAGGAGGGAUGGAUUACUGAACUGUUCAUUGGCCACACCCAAGUGUGCAGACUAUUCCUUCUCUGUCCAAAGGGAAGGAUGUGCCCUACCUGAUCCCAUCAUACCGUUCACCACCGGGCACCUGACCCCUCCUUGUCAAUCGGCUCCACUCCUCCAGAGCACCAUUCCUGCCCGCUUGCUCUCCAUCCUCCCUGCUCCUCACCCGAGCAGCUGCAAUCUUCUCUCAGACACACCCACCUUGCUAAAUCUGCUCUCUGGAGUCUCCCCUAUCCAGACCUGAUCUCCUCUCCUGUCCAUCCAGGCUCUCUCCUCUCUUCGGCCCAGCUCUCCUCACUUCUCCUCCACAGUCAGUCCUCCCCCCAGUCCGACCCAGCCCUGCUCUCUGUAUAGCCCUGGUCUCUUCGCUGCUUGGAUCAGCUCUGAUGUCUCACAAGGACAUUCUCCCUCUGGAUCCUGGAAGAACAUUUUUCUUUCACCUCUGCCUUGUAGCUCAUCCCCUUGCUGACCUGUUCCCUCCCCUUAUGCUCCUGGCUAAGGGAACCUCCUGGGAUCCAGCUGGGCCAUUCGGGGCCUGGUCCUGCCUGGAAGUUCCCUGCAGUUAGUUUGCCAUCCUGUUUUUCAGUUGUAUCCCUCAACUUGGGAGAAGGCUUCUGCGUCCUUCCACCUCUACCAAGUUCAUCAAUGGCAAAUGCAUCACAACAGAAAGGUAAGGUGGGGCCAUCAGCUUCCAUUCAUGGUCACCUCUUCAGCACGGAGGCUCCAGUUCCUGCUAUUAUUGUUGUUGAUUGUUUAUCCUGUGACAACACACAUUAUAGCACCAUCACGCUAGACUCCACAUGCACGUGACAGGAAAAGAGCCCUCCAAGGUAAGCACAGGAGGAGAGACAGCAGAGAAGAUGAACAAACAGGAAGGAGGAGAGAGAACAGUUUGAUAUAAUGAACAGCAGUCGAGCACACCAACUGCCUAAGCCCUUUGCAAGCCCCCCAGCGGAGGGGAGUUUAAGGGGGGAUUUGAAGAAGAAGUGCAAUGCAAUGGCCUGAUGAAUCUUCAUGGGAAGCGGUCAUGCAUAAAAGGGCAGAAUGAGAGAAGACGUGGAGGUGCUUGAGGGACAUCUGGACUAGUAGAGAGAGUGAGGUGGGGGUCAAUAUGUCAAUAAAGUGCAAGAGUUGACAGAUAGGGCAGGGCGAAGCUUUGAAAGGCCUCAGGCAAGGCCAAGCAGCCUGAAAUUGAUGUGGUAGAAAAAUGAAUUCAUCUGCUGGCUUCUGGAAAAGGAUGAGGUGGCGGCAGUGGUCAGUGUGAUGGGCCAGGCAAUUGCUAGUAAUUUGUGUUUCGGGCUGUGCCAGAUGGGGGGGCCAAUGGAUGCAGCCAGCUGGGAGGACACAGCAUCAGAACAGUACGAGGUUCGUGGUAGCAGCAUUUUGAACAAACUUGCAGGGGCAAAAUCGGGUCUCAAGUGGCAAGAAUUCUCUGCACAGUGAGGCACUAGGACUGUUUAUUGAACUGAGCUAUGUGCACUGACUUGCUUUGUAAAGAUAACAUCUGCCAAUUGACCAUGGCGAAUAGGCAGGAGUGGGCAGAUGUUGAAGGAGACGGGAAGCUGAAAUCUGUUUGUGUUAACGGGGUAGCUGUUGACAAGACAUACAAACGAGCAGCAGGCACUGAAUCUCAUGCUGGGCCUAUGGACCCUCGCCCUGGACCUCACAUAUCUUGUCAGAGGCAAAAGAAGCCACACCCCAGAACCAGAUACAAGUCAGCCUCUGGUGACAAGCUGCUGGCUGGGAAAAGCAGGCCACGAGCCAGGCGAAGCUUACCACAGGAGGGAAGCAGCAUACCACCGGCCAAGGGAACCACAGCAUUGGCCAGGGAGAGCAAGUCACAGGCUGAAAGGAGCACAUCAGGGACUCGGGAGAGUGCUCCGCAGGUCAGGGAGAGCAGAGUCCCUGCUGGCCUCGGCGCAGGACCCGCACCCGCCAUGGUGGAGUACUAUGAAGCCCUGGGCAUUCCCCGCAGCGCCUCCUCUGACGACAUAAAAAAGGCGUACAGGAGGGCGGCGCUGAAAUGGCACCCGGAUAAGAACCAGGAGAACAAGGAACACGCCGAGCGGAAGUUUAAAGAGAUCGCAGAGGCCUACGAAGUGCUGUCGGACAAGAGCAAGCGUGACCUCUACGACCGCUAUGGCAAGGAUGGGCUCACGGGGGCAGGGACCGGGGAUCCCUGGGGUGGUGCCGGAGCUCCGGGUUUCACCUUCACCUUCCGCGGCGCAGACGAGGUCUUCAGAGAGUUCUUUGGGGGACGAGAUCCUUUUGCUGACUUCUUUGAUCGGGACAUCUGGUCACCCUGGCUAUCAGAGGCCGCUGUGGUCCUGCCCACGAAGGCAGAGGGAGAUCCCCUGGCUGGGGGUGAAGCGAGCCAGAUUCAGACUAGCAAGGAAGAUGACGUGGGCCUGAUCUCAGAUCUGCAUGCUGGAGGUCCACGGGGCCACGGGCUGGGGGGGCCCUCUGUUGCCUACUCCUUCUGCUCCUACGCCUUCCCAGAGCAGUCAGAUUUCUUCUCCUCGUCCUUCAGCACCGGCACCGACUCCGGAAUCGGCUUCCGCUCGGUUUCCACCUCCACCACCUUUGUCAACGGCAAACGCAUCACCACGAAGAGGAUCAUCGAGAACGGCCAGGAGCGGGUGGAAAUCGAGGAGGAUGGAGAGCUGAAAGCGACAGAGGUGAAUGAUGUAGCCAAAAACGUGGAGCCUCAGGUGGGGCUGCACCGCCAGGAACAGCACGACAUCCUGAGCUCUGCGUCUGACUCCCCCACCCCACAGCGCCCCCAGAGCACGGCCUCCUCCUAUGUGCUCCCCGAAGAGGAGGACAAAGAUCUGCACCGGGCCAUGGCCUACAGUCUGUCGGAGCUGGAGGACGUGGGGCAGCACCGAGCGGACGCCCGCGGCUCCAAGAAGAGACGGGGCAGCGCGCGGCGGGCCUGCAAGGGGGCCAGUGAGGAGGCAGGCGCUGCCCUGGCGCCUCAGAGCAGGGCCAAGGGAGCAGAGAGCCCUGGCGGGGGAGACAAUGCGAAGGAGGGGGAGGAGAGGACGCUUUUGGGAGGACCUCCAGCAGGUACGCCCGAAAUCGCGCUGGACUGGGACCUCUCCACAGGCAAAGCCGCGUAA